CACCCCGCAAUUUUCCAUUCAUACUGCUCCAAUAGUCCCGGAGUUGUCGGGCAAUAAAUGCACCCUCUAUCCAGCUUUAUCUGAAGAGAAUUCGCAGUUUAAGCGACUCUCUAGGUCCUCGUCAAUCAUCAUGUCAACGUCCAGCCCACAGCGGAUAGCCUUGAUCGGUCUGGGAACCAUUGGCAUAUCCAUGGCUGCGCUGCAUCUCUCUCGGGACGGCAAUAUAGUUGACGUGUUUGACACCAGACCUGAUUUUGAGGACUACAUCUCCAAGAUGCUACCGAUCUAUAUAAGAGAUAGCCAGAAGCAGAAUUCUGACGCCGGAGCAUCAACGUCGCUGGUUGCAUCGCUGGUUUCCUCUGGUCGUCUACGGAUUCACUCGUCUUUAGAAAGCGCAUGUGCAUCGGCUACCAUUGUCCAAGAACAGGGACCAGAGAAUGUUGAUUGGAAGCAGUCCAUCUGGGCCCAGAUAGAAGCGGUUGCCCCGCUCUCUGCACAUUUCUGGACCAGCACAUCUGGGAUUGCCGCUUCCAUUCAACAACGCCAGAUGCAUGACAAGACACGUUUGCUAGUUGUCCAUCCGUUCAACCCACCCAAUAUCAUGCCUCUCUUGGAGAUUGUACCCGCUCCAGAAACCUCUCCAGAGCGGGUCGAGUUUGCUCGCGAAUACUUUUCUGUUCCUGGUUCGAGGCAUAGGCCAGUGGUCAUUCGAAAGGAGAUCCCUGGAUUUGUGGGCAACCGACUGGCGUUUGCGCUGCUACGAGAAGCUUGCUAUCUGGUACAAGAAGACGUGGUGGAUGCGAAGGACCUGGACACAAUUCUGAUGGCUAGUCUGGGACCAAGGUGGGCUGGGAAUGGUGUUUUCGAGAGCUACCAGCAGGGAGGUGGUGAGGGUGGCAUCCGAGCUUUCUUGGAAAAACUCGGUGAGACCAUGCAAACCGUUUGGGACGGACAAGGGAGGGUAAAUGUGCUGGGCGAUGAAGGAAUCGAGUGGAAGGAGAAGGUGAUUGCCCAAGUAGAUGAGGCCUAUGGAACUCUGUCCGCGGAGCAGAUCCAAGAGAAGGAGGCACGGUUAAAGGACUUUGUACGGAUCCAGACAAAGAAGUAUACGCCCGACGGUCUGGAAUAAAUGAUAGACAUGGCGGUGGUCUUUGUGGAAGUGGGGUAUCUUGAGGCCAUAGACCUUGUCAUUCUGGAAAAUCAGCGCAUCUGGAAAUCAUCAUGGAUUAGGGUCGCUAACACCGUGGGUGGAGAGAACACCAGGAUUGUUCUCUGUAGAGUAUAAGAAG